AGCAAGUAAGCAUGAUAAGAAAUGAGCUCCUGGGCUGACAGCAUUCCUCCAGCUGCUGCAGCGCAAUGCAGACCAUUAAGUGUGUCGUCGUCGGAGACGGAGAAGUGGGUAAGACCUGUCUGCUCAUCAGCUACACCACCAAUGCCUUUCCUGGAGAGUACAUCCCCACAGUGUUUGACCACUACUCCGCCAAUGUUUUGUUGGAUGGGAACCCAGUGAGCCUGGGCCUUUGGGAUACAGCAGGACAAGAAGACUACGACAGACUCCGCCCCCUUUCCUACCCAGAGACGGAUAUUUUUCUUAUCUGCUUUUCCCUUGUGUCUCCUGCAUCAUUUGAAAAUGUCCGUCAUAAGUGGAUUCGUGAGGUGAGACACCAUUGUCGGAACACUCCCAUAAUCCUCGUGGGGACCAAAAUGGAUCUGAGAGAUGACAAAGACGCUUUGGAGAAGCACAAGAAGGAGAAGAAGACUAAUCUCUCUCCCAUUAACUAUGCUGAUGGACUGGCCCUGUCCAAAGAGAUUGGUUCUGUCAAGUACCUGGAGUGCUCAGCUUUGACUCAACGUGGCGUUAAAACUCUGUUUGAUGAGGCCAUCAGGAUUGCCCUGUCCCCUCCACCUAUCACCAAGAAGACAAAGAAGUGCUCUCUCCUCUAAUACUUCACUGAAACAGUGUAUUUCAGAUUCUGUCCUUCAGUGUGUGUAGCUGCAUCAGUUAUACACUUGUAAGGUCAAUUUUAGGAGACAUUGCUUCCUAACAGUGUAUACUGAUUUUUGGUAGUAGAAAUGUUUCCAGAUAGACUGCACACAUGCUUUAUUUUAGCCGAAAAGAAAUCCUUUGAUCUGUUGUCUCUUUAAAACACAGCUGACAGUCUGCUGCUGUUUCCUGCUCAACCACAUCAAGCAUUUACAAGUUAAAAACGUCACUUUUUCUCUAUGGAAGCAGGCGUGUCAACAAAGAGCUUGAACUAAACAUCUGUGAAGUUUGGAGUAACGUCUUUACUGGUAAUUAAUUUUUUGCUGUAUGGUUCAUGUUAAUUCACUCUCAUGGAGUAAAUGAAGCCUGAAGCAGAGAGAAAAUGAAUGUUGUAUAUGCUUAGCUUUAUGAAUAAAAGCUAUUGUGCUUUUUUUGUUUUGUUUUUUAAAGCCAAGAAAUUCCUCUAAAACAGGUUCUGUUUGUUUUCCUUUGAGCCAAAAUGGCAAAAAUGGCUGAAGUGUUGCUGACUCACUUAUUCUUGUGAAUCUUUCACUUAUAGCAUACUGGAAAAAUAUAGAUUCACCAUUAUUCGAACAUAUUUUAAUGUAAAUAAAAAUGUACGUUUUUCUUCUGAUCACUGAUAUCAUUAGUUAGAGCAAUAAAAUAAGAUUAGAUGUAGGUUUUGGGCAACAUAUUAAACCACAAGACUAACACUUUAAAAAAAUAUUUUGCAUUAUGCUUUUAGAAAAAAAUCAAUUAAUGACACUCCGAAUUCUCUUCAUUAAUAUACACUCAACUGCUCAUCAACACAAAAUCUAUCCAGACAGUCCUUACACACAAAUAAGCUCAAGACGACUUCCCUGAAGCUGAACCGGAGCAUCAGAAUAUGCAAGAAAACUGAUUUACGUUACUUUGAAUGUGUGUGACAUAGUUGUUUGAACCAGAUUACUCUGCUUAAACUUCUUCCCUUGCAACCUGAAACCAGAUAAGCAGUACAUAUCAAAUGGAUGGAUGGAUCCUGAUGCUGCUGGUGGUGUGGUCUACCUGAGUAUUGUUGCUGACCAAGUCCACUUCUUUAUGACCACAGCGUACCCAUCUUCUGAUGACUGCUUCCAGCAGGAUAACACACCUCCUCACAAAGCUCAAGUCAUCUCAAAGUCGUUUCUCAAACAUGUCAGUGAGUUCACUGCACUUCAGUGCCCUCCACAGAUCUCAGUCGAGUAGAGCUCUUUUGGGAUGUGGUAGAAUGAGAGUCUCAUCGUGAAGGUGCAGCCAACAGAUCUGCAGCAACUGUGUGAUAGUAUCAUAUCAAUAUGGCUGAAAUUCUCUGAGGAAUGUUUGCAGCACCUUAGUGAAUCUGUGCAAUGAAGAAUUAAAACAGUUCUACUCUGUGGAUGGGCCAGUGAUCAUCAGUUUUUGACCAUCAGAGAUAUAAAGAAAUUUUGUAAACCUUAUGUUUACCUAAUGUUUGUUUGAGGGUUAAAGUUUGAGUUAGAUUUGAGUAAAGGUAAGGGCUUGUCACCAAUUUGCGACUGUUACAGUUGAGAAUUAAAGUGGAGCACUAAAUGUAUUGAGUCCCACUCUUAAAAUAAACUCAAAGUCUUGACACUUUCUUUAAAAUUGGAUUUAAGUUUUGUUUUUUGUUUUUUUAGAGCAUGUUUUGUGCCAACUUGUCCAAGUAUAGAGUAGGUUUGGUUGGUGCUAACAGAAUAUGUUUUUAUCUAACUAGUCACAGAACUGAUAACUCCGAGGAAAAGAAGGACACUAAAACUACAAAAGCAAUCUAGGGGAGUUACCCUUGUACUGCAUAUGGCUGCAACAACUAGUUUUAUCCAUUGUUGGCUAGCUGCACUGAAACAGGAGAAUCCACCUGUCAGUGGGAGCGUUGUUAGGGUUUGUAGAACUAUAAAUGAGGACUGUGUUGGGGAAAGCCUCUUUGGUGCAUUUGCAGCUCACUGGAGGCAGACACUGUCCCCACUGUGUUUGAUAUUUCCUUGUUGGGUUGGGUUGACAGACAUAGCGGCGCAAUCAGCUUGUAGAGCAGAGCUCCACAAAAGAUGAUCACCACUAUUUUGUGCAAUAUUAAGGUGUAAUUUAACACCCAGUUAUCACUGUUCAGUUAUUUUUUUAACAAAGACUUCCAAACUGUUUACAACAGGUUACUACAAGUUAAAAAAAAAAAAAGUGGAAUCAAUGUAACUAUAAUAUCAAUGACAUCAAUGUAGUCAAAACAUAGUCUACACACACACACACACACACACACACACACACACACACACAGAGUGGAGUAGUCACUUUGGGGAAAACCUAGAAAGAAAAACAACUUUUAGCUUAAAAUGAGAACUUCAAACCCAAAUUAUCUCAAGCUCAGUCCUGCACUUGUAUUCCAUCCAUACAUGGCGAGGUUUGAAUUGGACGAGAUGAAUGGCUGGGGAAAUGAGUGAAAAACAAUUCCUGAUUUAGAAUUCCUGAUAAUUAUUAGUGGGACAUGAAAACUCCUGUCUGAAGCUCUCAGCUAUAGGAAAAGGGGCCUGUGGAUACAGUUGAUAAUGAGCUUGACCCUUCUAAGGCUUUGAAAUACAGUUCAGUAUAGGCAAAGGAUGAAUGCUGCACGCAAGUGAUGCUGACUGACCACAGAAACAGAAGAGACAACAUGAGAGAAGCAGCAAACAAUAAAUAAUGCAAUCCGUUUUACUUAAAGAUGAGACAGUUUCAAGCUUUGACAGGCAGGACCUCAGUAAUUUCUAACAAAGCAUUUUGUUUCCUGAAAACACUCAGCACAGAGGCAAUGAUUGCCAUUAGGUUGUGAACUCCAUGAAGACAAGGAAUCUCAUAUGUGAUGCAAAGAAAUUUAAAUAAAUCUUAUUACAA